AGCCGUUAGCUUGGUGUUAAAUCCGGUUCCUGGACGGACUCAGAUCAAGUGCACUGAGCUCCGGACCUGCCGGUUCCGAGUCCUCUCGAUCCCUUGCAUCCUCCCACGGGCGGAGGGUCUGUUUGGAGAUUAACACACAAUAGUUAUGGGACCUCAGUGGACUUGGGCGCGCUGCCAGGACAACAAAUCCCCUGGUCCAGAUGAGGAGAGGGAGAAGCGCUGGGCUGAGCUGUUUGAUGAGUUGGACAUCAACAAAGAUGGGCGCAUCGACAUCCUUGAACUGCGGCUAGGGCUGGCAGGCCAAGGACUUUCCAGAAGUUCCCUGGAGAGGCUCGUGAAGGCUGGAGACACAAACAAAGACGGCGUACUGGACUUUGAAGAGUUCACGCAGUAUCUUCGCACACAUGAAAAACAGCUCAAAAUUAUGUUUACUAGCCUGGACAUGAACAAAGACGGUAAGAUAGAUGCCGCCGAGAUUCAGCACUGUCUACGCUCCAUCGGGGUGAACAUUAGUCUUGAGGAUGCAACCAGGAUUUUGCAAAGAAUGGACAGAGAUGGCACUAUGACCAUUGACUGGAAUGAGUGGCGAGACUACUUCCUGUUUAACCCUCUCAAUAACAUGGAGGACGUGGCACGCUACUGGAAACGUUCAAUGAUGUUGGACAUAGGUGAGCAGCUUACAGUCCCAGAUGAAUUUUCUGAAGAGGAGAAGAAGUCUGGCUAUGUGUGGCGGCAGCUGAUGGCUGGAGCCAUGGCUGGGUCUGUAUCUCGGACUGGGACUGCCCCCUUGGACCGCCUCAAAGUCUUCCGACAGGUUCACGGUUCAACUGAUUUUAAAGGGUGUGCUCGGAGCAGUUUUCAGUACAUGGUCAAAGAAGGAGGGCUGCAGUCACUGUGGAGGGGCAAUGGAAUGAAUGUUCUUAAAAUUGCCCCAGAAACUGCGAUCAAGUUCACAGCUUAUGAACAGAUCAAGAAUGUCAUGCGUGGCAAUAAUGAAAGAAGAAAUUUGAGGGUUCAUGAGAGGUUUGUCGCUGGCUCUUUGGCUGGAGCUACCGCUCAAACAGCCAUCUACCCAAUGGAGGUGCUGAAGACUCGUCUCACACUAAGAAAAUCAGGCCAAUACUCAGGGAUAGCAGACUGCGCCAAACAGAUCCUACAGAGAGAGGGCAUCACGGCCUUCUACAAGGGAUAUUUACCCAACUUGCUGAGUAUUGUCCCUUACGCUGGCAUCGACCUGGCUGUCUAUGAGACUCUGAAAUUUGCCUGGCUGAACAGGAACAGAGGUUUAGCUGACCCGGGGGUCAUGGUGCUGGUUGGCUGCGGUGCCGUUUCCAGCACCUGUGGUCAGCUGGCAAGUUACCCGUUGGCACUGAUCCGCACGCGAAUGCAGGCACAAGUUUCAGCAAAGGGGGGCCCCAAACCCUCCAUGUUGGCCUUGCUCUGCAACAUUGUGACCCAGGAGGGUGUAGCCGGACUCUAUCGAGGAAUUUCCCCCAACCUGCUGAAAGUCAUCCCAGCUGUCAGCGUGUCCUACGUCGUCUAUGAAUACACGAGGAUAGUCCUAGGAGUGGACGUUGAGGGUAGGAGGAGUGGGAAGGAGAAGAGAUAGAUAAAGGUUCAGUUGUUUGGGGUGGCUUUCAGUUACAAGCAUGUACAAUCUGUUGGCAAUGCAUGAGGAUGGAAAAUAAGCCAUGAAAGGAAAAGAGAAAAACAACACACCAACAGUCUUGGAGGACCUCACCUGGACUGUCCACUUCUGUGAGGAGUUUCACAUGUGAUACACAGUAUUUCACUACAAUGCAUGGCAGCAGUUGUGUGAAAGCUAAUCAACUAGCCACCUGCUACUGCAUUGACUUGGGCAGAUGAAGACUUGCAUGAACUUGCCUGAGAAGGAACAAAAACAAACUUGGAAGCUCCGUUACAUUCCUACAGCAUUAUUUUUUUCUCCUAGGUGGUGUAUAGAGAAGAUAAAGGAUCAAUAGGAGGACUGAUCCAAUAUCCCAUUCUGUAAGUGAGGGGAACCUGAAGUUGUUGCACAGCAGUGGAAUUACAGGAUUAGAACUUUAAACCAAUAUUACAAAUUACUAAAAUACAAAAGUAACUAUAAAACAACAGAUAAUCACCCAACGUAACUCUUGAACGAUAACAGGAACAGCUGAAGGUGCAGAGAUGCUGUCUGUCCUCUCUUUCCUGGAAGGAUUAGUUCUGAGUGAAGCACACCAAAGGACUUGAUAUUUUACAGGAGUGAAACUACCAAAGCCAUAUCAAGAAGCAUAGAGGACCCAUGAUAACCUGUAAGCGUUGAUAUGCAGAGAUGUGUAUUUGUGUCUGUUUUAUUAUGUUUGAAACACACUACAGGGUCCAGUGCUUCAUAAUACUUUCAUAAACUGUAUGCGUAUGUUAACACUCUGGGUAAAGUUAACUUUGAAACAAUAAGAAAUGAGAUUUAAUGCCUGUAAAUAUUUCAGAUGUGUCAGUAUUUAUUAUAGAGUAUGCAAAUAAAUACAGGCAUAGUGCUGCUUUUUAUUAAAUAAA